AGAGAGAGAGCGCACGCAGCAGGUCAGAGACGCGAGCGCGCGUCCGGGUGAGCGCAGCUCGAUGGCUGUGGUGGGUAAGAGGGUGCCCUACCUCGUCGCCGUCGGCGGGCUCCUGGGCUACGGGGGUGGCCACUGAGGCGGCUCGAUGCCGAGCGUAGAGAGCCCGGAGGGUGCGAGAGUAGCGUUAAAAGGGGAGAGCAUGGGGAAUGAUGAGCAAGCGAGUGCCGGAGAAGGACGGGACGACGAGGGCCGCUGCGAGGACGAGUCACAGUGACCUGGCGCCGCUGCUAGCACCGGACGUGCCGUCGCCGAGUUGCGCGAUGACGGACUCGAGGUCGGCCAGGCGCUCCAGCCUGAGGAACAUCGUCGGUAUUUGCCUGCUACUCGCCUUGGCUGGGAUGCUCUACCUCGGCUAUUUUUGCCCCGAUCACGUCUGUGCCCUGAGCACUCGAGACUCCAAGGAGUCCACGAGAUUCUCCGAGUCUCUUUUGUCGAGUAAUGCCUUAGGCCUCGGAUCUAAUUUGUUUGAAGUAGAAAGGAACAAUUUUUUUCCAGUACAUCCUGCAUUUAAGCUACAGAGCAUUCAAGGAAGUCUUGGUUACGAUGACAUUUUUCUAAAUGACACCUUUCAGUUUGAUAUCAAUGCACACGAUGUGAUGGUUUUCUUACAUAUUCAAAAGACUGGAGGCACUUUAUUUGGCAAACAUUUGGUUCGUGAUCUUGAUUUGCAAAAGCCAUGCUCGUGUCAAAGGCGACGUAAACGUUGCUUUUGUUUCCGUCCAAAUCGAAGUGAAAAUUGGCUAUUUUCAAGAUAUUCCACUGGGUGGAAAUGUGGAUUACACGCCGAUUGGACAGAAUUAACGGGUUGUGUUGAUUCUGAAUUAAAUAAAAUUGAAGGAGAUAAUGUUAAGAGGAGAUAUUUUUACAUAACAAUUAUACGAAAUCCCGUGGCAAGAUAUUUAUCUGAGUUUAGACAUGUGCAAAGAGGAGCUACUUGGAGAGGUGCUCGACACUGGUGUGGAGGUGCUCCAACAAACAUACCUCAGUGCUAUUCAGGUCCUAAUUGGAAAGGAGUAACUUUAGAACAGUUUAUGGCCUGCCCUUAUAAUUUGGCAAGUAAUCGACAAACUCGAAUGUUAGCAGAUCUUUCCCUCGUCGGCUGUUACAAUUCAUCUCUUAGCAGUAUAGAUCGUGAUCAACUUAUGUUAGCAAGUGCAAAGCAUAAUUUGAAAUACAUGCCAUUUUUUAUGCUUACAGAAUAUCAAAAAGUAGGGCAAUAUUCUUUUGAAGAAACUUUCGGAAUGAGAUUUGCCGUUGCGUUUGAACAACACAAUGCAACACUCAGCGCUGCAACAAUGGCAACUCUUACUCCGGAGCAACUGGAUGCAAUUCGAAGACUUAAUAAGCUAGAUCUUGAACUGUAUGAAUAUGCAACAAACCUUGCGUUUCAAAGGUUUCGACGUCUUCGAGAUCGUGAUCCCUAUUUUGUUCAACGUUUUCAGCAUCUUGGUGAGUUACCAUCGAGGCAAAGUGUAACGGAAUUUAAUUGGGACUCGGUGAUCGAAGAUACAACGGACAUUGACUAGACUCUCUAUGAGACGUAUACAGAUAAGCACAAAAUGAAAGUUUCUCCUUUGAUAAGAAGAAAGGAAUAUCCAUAUUUUUUAUUCUUAUAAAGCGUCAAGAUUUACUUGAAAUUUGUAAAUUUUGCUUGUUCACUUGAAAAUGCAGUACUGUGAAAUAUUUUUUUUUUU